CGUGAGGUUCAGCUGACCCACCGAUCAAGGAUCAGGUUGCUCGAGCAAUGUGAGGGAAGAGGAGGAGGCGACGGGGGGGAACGGUUACUGAAAUACUGACCGUGAGGAGCGGAGUAGCGCUGUCCUUCCCCCAGUCUAACAGGCGGUACGUCCUUCUACUUUCUGCAGUGGGGCGUAUUUGAAAGUAUAUCAGUUUACUUCAAACAAUUUACUUAUUGAGGAUGACAGAAUUUUGGUUAAUAUCUGCUCCUGGGGAGAAAACAUGUCAACAGACAUGGGACAAAUUAAAUGCUGCAACGACGAGGAACAACCACCUCUCUACCAACUUCAAGUUUGCAAUUCCAGAUUUGAAGGUUGGAACUUUAGAUGUCUUAGUGGGGUUAUCUGAUGAGCUGGCCAAAUUGGACUCAUUUGUGGAGGGUGUUGUGAAGAAGGUAGCCCAGUACAUGGCUGAUGUGUUGGAAGACAGUAGGGACAAAGUACAAGAGAACCUUUUAGCCAGUGGAGUUGAUUUGGUCACCUAUAUCACAAGAUUUCAAUGGGACAUGGCGAAGUAUCCAAUCAAACAGUCUCUAAAGAAUAUUUCUGAAAUUAUUACUAAGCAAGUAUCUCAGAUUGACAAUGAUCUGAAAGCAAGAGCAUCAGCAUACAACAAUCUGAAAGGAAAUUUACAGAAUUUGGAGAGGAAGAAUGUGGGAAGUUUGAUGACAAGAAGCCUGGCUGAUAUUGUGAAGAAGGAAGACUUUGUAAUGGACUCUGAAUAUCUCACCACAUUGUUAGUAGUUGUCCCAAAAACAAAUUAUCUCGAAUGGGAAAAGACUUAUGAAACUCUAGCAGAGAUGGUGGUUCCACGGUCAAGCAAGUUGAUAUGUGACGACAUGGAUAGCGGCUUGUACACUGUAACGUUAUUCAGAAAGGCAGUUGAUGACUUCCGACUGAAGGCCAGGGAGAACAAGUUCAUUGUUCGGGAUUUCCAGUAUAACGAGGAGGAGCUGAAAGCAGAUAAAGAAGAGAUGACUCGACUUUCAACUGACAAAAAGAAACAAUUUGGUCCCUUGGUCCGAUGGUUGAAAGUUAACUUCAGUGAAGCUUUCAUUGCAUGGAUUCAUGUGAAAGCAUUAAGAGUUUUCGUAGAAUCGGUUCUAAGAUAUGGUUUGCCGGUUAAUUUUCAAGCAAUGCUUUUACAACCCAACAAAAAGAUGAUGAAGAAGCUUCGAGAGAUUCUCAAUGAUCUAUACAAACACUUGGACAGCAGUGCAGCUGCCAUCAUUGAUGCUGCCAUGGACAUACCAGGUCUAAGUCAACAGGAAUACUAUCCGUAUGUGUAUUACAAGAUUGACUGCAAUCUGCUUGAGUUCAAAUAGAUACUAAUACAGUUUUCUCAAGCCUUGGCUUGUAGAGUAUGGAUUACAGUAGUAAUGGACAGAUGCCUGCUUGUCCCUUAAUUUCCUCUAAGUCUGGGUUAACUGGUGUUUGCUUACUCAGUCCUCAAAUGGUGCAGUCCUGUGUUCUGUCUGCUGCUGUUUCCUUUAAAAACAUGUAUUGAUGUACUUUUUUUUAACCAAUCAGGUAUUGAAUUAUGUGCUGCAAUAAUCUGGAUCUAUAUUUAUGAAACAAAUGAAUUAUUUAAAAGCAAAAGAAAAAGUCAUUUGUGAAGUGCUGUGUGGUAAACUGCAUUGGUGUCAAUAUUCCUGAAAGACCUUGUUUACAACUGUAUAUUAAUAGUGCAAAAGAGUUUGUAUCAUUUCACCUAUUUACUUGUGUUUGGUACAUAGAAUUUAAAUAGUCACUGGUCAUAACCAAUCGUGUUUAUUGAAAGUGUGAGAUGUACAGGGUCAGUACUAAUGUUUUAAACAUGACUCCAAUGUGUAAAAACUCUACUUUCAUGAUUUAGCAAGCUGUAAAGAUAUGGAAUAAAUGUAAAAGCCACGAGAAUCAAGUUUCUUUCAAUGUUGAGUAAUUUUAUAACUUUAAACAAAGAUGAAUACUACAGGAAUGUUCUGUUUAAAUAUCAGCUAAGUUUAUUUAGCUUAACAUAUAAUCAUAAUUUGUGAUCACUGGUUUAAGUGACAACUCUCGUGCAAGCAGAUUUUGAAUAUUACUACUUUAUCAUUUGCAAAUUGUUUCUGCUGAGCAAUUAGAACUCCUCUUGGGUGAAGGAAAUAACCUUACAUAAUGACAUUUCUACAAGCAUUGUCUUUGAGAUAUCAAAUUUUAGUUUGGUGUUACUCUUGUGAAUCCAAACCUAUCUGGAAUUCUGCAGACCUCAUUUGUGUUAAUUAGGCCAGUUAGUUUCAGUCCUCAGCAAAGGUUUACUGGGUUGGUUCCUGAGGUGAGAGGGUUGUCAUAUAUUGAGGGUCUGAGUAAUUUUGUCUUAGACUGCAGAAUUUAGAAAAAUUGAAAUAUGCAAGAUUUUGAAGGGGUUUGAAAGAUCCGAGAGAUCAUUUCCUUGGAUGGAGAUAUAGUUUUGAGAUAUGGAAGUAAUCAUUUAGAUGAGAAUGUUCUUUAUUCCAAAGGUUGUGAAUCUUUGGAAUUCCUUAACCCAAAGAUGGAUGUUCUAUUGUUUUAUUUUCACAAGAUUGAGAAAGAUUUUUGGCGUCUCAUGGAAUUGAUGGAUUAUGUGGAACAGGCUGGAAAGUGGAGUUGAGAAGAUCAGUGAUGAUCAUAUUGAGCAGCAAAGCAGAGUCAAGGGGGUCAUAUGGACUGCUGCUAUUCCUUAUUCUCAUGCACAUUGUUGAGAGAUGGGAAUAGAUUAUUUUUAACCUGUAUUGUUAAAAUAAAUAUGCCAAUUCA